AUGGCUCCAUUCCGAGCUUCCUCGAUGGGUUGGCAUGGAGCACCAGCAAUUGCUACCACUCCUAAUAUGAAGAGAAUCAUCAGACUUGAUGUUCCAGUGGAGAAGUUCCCAAACUAUAACUUUGUUGGCCGGAUUUUGGGACCACGUGGGAACUCUUUGAAAAGGGUUGAGGCCAUGACAGAAUGCAGAAUAUAUAUAAGAGGCCGAGGCUCCGUGAAGGACUCUGUUAAGGUGAUGCCACGAGUAGUUCUUGCCCACCUUUUGGCUGAUGGUGAUAUGCAUCUCCCUUUACAAACUUACAGUUUUCACAAUCUUUUAGUUGUGGAAGUUUAUUCCCUUGGCCUCAAUGAACGAUUUGAUAUAAGAUGUGCAAUGAAAGAAAUACUUGCCUUUCUGAUUCAUUCAUCUGUAGGUAGAAAUUACCUCUGCUCAGGGUGUUAUUCAAUUACAGAUUUUGACUAA